GUUCAAACGGCACUCCCCUAAACACAAAAAGAAAGCCUUAUCUACAUUUUUUCACCCCUUCUUCCCCUCUCGACGGCGGCAAUGGCGACGUUCACCGGCCUCUCCCUCCCACCCAAAACCCUAGCCCCUCCCCCGGCUCGGCGCCCUCCCCUCGCCGCGGCGGCGGCGCUAGCCCCGUCGCCGGCCCUCCGCCUCGCCGGCUCCGGCGGGCUGGGGCUCUGGGGGCGCCGCCGGGAGCUGCGGAGCGGCGAGCGGCGCGGCGGCGGCGGCCGGGGGCCGCUUGUUCUCGUGGCGGCGGCCGUGGAUGGGGAGUACUCGUCGAGGAGGAGCAGCAGCAGCGAGCCGAGGGAGACCAUCAUGCUCCCCGGUUGCGAUUACAACCACUGGCUCAUCGUCAUGGAGUUCCCCAAGGAUCCCGCCCCUACCCGGGAGCAGAUGAUCGACACUUACCUCAAUACUCUCGCCACUGUGCUCGGAAGCAUGGAGGAGGCCAAGAAGAAUAUGUAUGCAUUUAGUACCACAACCUAUACCGGGUUUCAGUGUACCGUGGAUGAAGCCACGUCUGAGAAAUUCAAAGGUCUGCCUGGGGUUCUGUGGGUACUCCCUGAUUCAUACAUAGAUGUGAAGAACAAGGAUUAUGGAGGGGAUAAAUACAUCAAUGGAGAGAUCAUUCCUUGCCAAUAUCCUACUUACCAGCCAAAGCCUCGAAAUAAGUAUAGAAAUGAGAGUAGGAGGUAUGAAAGGAAGAGAGAUGGUCCACCGCGUCAAAGGCCAAGACCUAAGCAGGAGGCAACCAGCAAUGAGUCAUCAUCUGCAUGAGCAUGAAGUUUCGGAUAAGCAGAUCACUAGGAAAAUGCGAGGGGAACUAUAUAACCCAAGGUCAUACUGACUCGGUCGCAUGAAGGCCUAUCUAUACAGGAUUUUAGAGUCCCAGUCGGUGGUCUUUCUUUAUCUUUGGGCGAACUUGGCAGGCCUCGUACGCAAAGCAAUAAUGUUGAAAUAAUUAAUGAUCAUAUGUCUUUUUCCCUAGGAAGUUUGUUGGCACCCUUUCCAAGGUCGCUCUUAUAUCAAAUGUCUUUUUCCUUAGGUAGUUUGUUGGCACCCUUUCCAAGGUCGCUCUUAUCUCAAUCCCUUUCA